GCACAUUACUCUUGAGUAUUUGUAGCGCUAGGUUUGGAAAACAGCAUAGCGUCCGUGGCCGCCAUGAAACUGAGCUUGCGUUUACCACCGGCGUCCUUUUCUCCUUUCUCUCAACGCUUCCUCAAAUCGUUCUCUUCCUCACUAUCUUCUUCUCCUAUUGAAGGAGAAGAAGGUGCUCUAUCUCCUCAAGAAAGCUUCCUAAUCGAUAAAUUUCACUCUCUAAUCAAAGACCACUACCGCAAAAGCCCAAAUCUUAGCUAUCCGACCGUUCCACCAUCUUUCUCCCUUGAUUUCUCCCAAAUCUCCACCUCCGUCUCCCCUUCCAUCGCCCACCGCGUCAUCGAGAAAUGCGGUGCUGUUCGUCACGGCAUCCCUUUCAUCCAAACUCUUGCAUUCUUCAAUUGGGCCACCUCUCAGGAUGGAUUUGCUCACUCCCCCGAACCUUACAACGAGAUGGUCUCUCUCGCUGGUAAGGUCAGGCAAUUUGAUUUGGCUUGGCGUGUAAUCGAUACAAUGAAAGCUAGAAAUGUCGAAAUCAGUAUCAAUACCUUCGCGAUUCUCAUUCGCCGUUACGUUCGAGCUGGAUUGGCUGCAGAGGCAGAACACGCGUUUAAUCGAAUGGAGGAUUAUAAUUGUAAGACUGAUAAGAUUGCGUUUUCAAUUUUGAUUAGUAUUUUGUGUAAGAAACGAAGAGCCACUGAAGCUCAGUCAAUUUUUGAUAGUUUAAAGCAUAAGUUUGAGCCUGACGUUAUUGUUUACACUGAUUUGGUUCGUGGUUGGUGUCGGGCUGGAAAUAUAUCAGAAGCUGAGAGAUUGUUUAGGGAAAUGAAAAUGGCUGGUAUUGAGCCUAAUGUUUAUACAUACACCAUUGUGAUUGAUGCUUUAUGUAGAUGUGGGCAAAUUACCCGAGCUCAUGAUGUUCUUGCAGAGAUGCUUGAUGUGGGGUGUCAGCCAAAUUCAGUAACUUUCAAUAAUUUGAUGAGGGUACAUGUUAAAGCUGGUAGAACUGAUAAGGUAUUGCAAGUGCAUAAUCAAAUGAAGAGAUUGGGAUGCUCUCCUGAUACAAUUACAUAUAAUUUUCUUAUAGAGACUCAUUGUAAGGACGAGAAUCUUGAGGAAGCUUUUAAGGUGCUUACUUCUAUGGUUAAGAAAGGGUGUAGUCCAGAUGCCUCCACUUUCAAUACUUUAUUAGGGUGCAUUGCGAAGUUACGAGAUGUGAAUGCUGCUCAUAGGAUGCAUGCUAAGAUGAAGGAGUUGAAGUGUAAGCCCAAUACUGUGACAUACAAUAUCCUAAUGCAGAUGUUUGUUAAUUCAAAAUCGACUGAUAUGGUUCUGAAGCUGAAGAAGGAAAUGGAUGAGAAUAAUGUUGAACCUAAUGUGAAUACUUACCGUGUUUUGAUUUCAAUGUAUUGUGGAAUGGGACAUUGGAAUAAUGCAUAUAAGUUCUUUAAAGAGAUGAUCGAGGAGAAGCAUUUGAGACCGAGUCUGCCUGUUUAUGAAACAGUCCUGCAGCAACUAAGGAAAGCAGGACAGUUAAAGAAGCAUGAACAAUUGGUGGACAUUAUGGUAGACAGAGGUUUUGUUACUCGUCCUUUGUAGAAGCUAUGUCGCUAAAUUAGGUCAUAUUUACUUCUUUUUGUAGCUCUGAUAUUUCUUGUUAAGAUACUCUGUUUAUGCUUUAUGAUUUUUAAGGGAAUAAAUAGCCUUUGAUAGAAUGUACUUUUCAAUCAUGCAGAAAAGGGUUCUAUAAUUUACUCAACUGGAGCUUGAAUAGCUAUAAAUCAUUUGAGUGGGACAACUCUUUCUGAGUACCUGUUUAAUUGUUUCAUAUAAAUUGAUUGUGUUUUCUGAUUACUGCGAGGAAGUCAUCAAGAAGACCUUCAGCAACCAGAUUGCCUCGAAUCGUGUCUAAGGUCCCAUUUGUCAUACUGUAUAUACUGAUUGAAUAUUGAAAUUGAUGAUGCUGUGCAACCAUAUGAUAAAUUAAUUGUAUAUAUUCUGUUGCUAA